CGCCCACUCCCAGUACCUGCAGAACAAAGGAGCAGAGCAUGACUGGCAGCCAGUGUGGGAGGGGUUGUCACAAUACUAUUACUUUUAUGUGACUUUUUUUUGACAAACUAUACUAUUAGUUUCAUCACAUUUGUUGACAUACCUAUACAAUGACUUUUCUUUCAAAAAACCUAAACAUAACUUUAGUCUAAUAGACUACUUGGUAUUAUUGAAUAUUUCCAUGAAAUUCAUACUAAUUAAAAUCAUUCCCACUUUUCCAAACAUUGUCACCAUUUCACCAUCUUCUUAUGCAAAUAUGCCAGCAAUCCAGUUUUAGCAAUUUAGCUUUUCAGCAUUCACAAGCCUUUUCUGCAGGAAACAAUUUUUUUAAUUUAUAUAUGCUAUGGCAUACUAAACUAUGACUUUUUUAUGAUUUAUGACAUACUAUACUAUACAGACUAUACAUGCGUACUGUCAGGUUAAUUGUUAGUGGAAAGCAUUGACAAACACGAACUGAAUAUGUUGAAUUUGACUAAACAUCUCCAAUGUUGGAGAUUGUUUGGUAAGCAUGUGCCAAUCUGGAGGUGAAAGUGUGCAGUAAUAAAGGUCUUAAGAAGAUUUAAGAAAAUCAACAAAACCCUUUGCAAUACUAAAAUGCUCUGCACUUAGACAACUUCUCUAUUAAACACUUACAGUAUAUGAGACACACGGUAAUACAUAGAUGUGUUUUUUUUUAAAUUGCCAUACGUUUGAUAUUAAGUUUUUAUUUUAUUUCCAACACAUUAGCACACAUAUUAAAACGGUACUGUUUAUCAAAGUGUUUUAUGCCAGGACCCUUGAAUGAACUGUCUGAGAUCGGCUAAAAUGACAGAGCUCUUACUCAGCUCUUUUUCCGAAUGUCGCAACUUUAUGAAAAAGUUCAAAUCUAAAGUACGUCACUCACAGCUAAAAUAUUAACAAAGUAAUUGUUUUGGGGCAUAUAAAAUUAAACUUUAGAGCGCUGUUGUUAUGUAGAAGUAACCGUUUCUUUUUUUAGAUACAACCAACGAGCUUAAAUGUGCGAGGGGUUUCCACUGCACCCUCACAGAGCAGGAGAUAUUUCUACUAGUUUGACGCAUCUUAAAGCAUAAACGAUCUUUUCCGUGACGCACAUUUAGCGCGAAACUCGGUUUGGGAAGCUAGCUAAAGUGAAAGCGGAGAAGUUCGAAAUGAGUAAAAAGGAUAACGGCACGACACUCAUUCUUGCCUAUCUGAAUGAGAAGAACCGACCCUACAGUUCUCAGGAUGUCUUUUGCAAUUUACAGAAGCAGCAUGGAUUGGGCAAAACUGCAGUGGUCAAAGCCAUGGAGCUGCUGGCUCUAGAGGGCAAGAUAAAGGAGAAAGCAUAUGGCAAGCAAAAGAUUUAUUUUGCUGAUCAGUCUCAGUUCAAAGAUGUGAAUGAUGCAGACCUGAAGGCGAUGGACUGUCAGAUCUCACAGCUCAGUGCAGAGAUGCAUUCCCUCAACCAGAGCUGCAGACAGCUAGAUUCAGAGCUGAAGGAGCUCAACAGCUCUCUAACAACAGAGGAAGUGAUGUCGGAGAUCAAAGCGCUGAAAGCAGAGUGUUCUGGGUACAGAGCACGUGUAGAGAAGAUAAAGUCAGCCACAAAUCACGUCACACCAGAAGAGAAAGAGAAGGUGUACAAAGAGCAGAACGCUUACGUGAAAGAGUGGAAAAAGAGGAAAAGAUUGGCUUCAGACAUGAUGAAUGCGAUCCUGGAAGGCUAUCCUAAGAGCAAAAAGCAGUUUCUGGAUGAAGUUGGAGUGGAGACUGAUGAGGACUGCACGGUGGUUGUUCCAAGUACUUGAAAGAACAAGAAAACACUUGUUCAACCACUUCAUCAAUGCAAGCCUGUGCAGUGCUUAGCUAAGAAUAUAAAUUAUAUAUCAGAGCCGUCUGAGCCACAGCACAUUCUUUAUUUAGUCUCUCUUGAAAAAAAUAAUACAUCUUUAAUAAAAGUUCAAUGGAAAAACUUCCAUCGUAAUUGAAAGUAUAUUUACACAAAAAUAGCUGUUAUUUUCAAGACACUAACACUACGUCAGAUCAUUACGCAGCACUGACGGAUGCUCGAUACCUUGAUAGGCAACAUUGGUUUAUCUUUUUUAAAGCCGUGAAACCAAUCCUGAGCCUGUGAUGAAAAUGUCAAAUGAAUUAGUCAUUAUCGCUUUGAGAGCUGUACGUUCUUUGUUUGUAUGGUUAAGUCCAUAUUGCUGCCAUGUUUUUUGAAAACUACAUAAAAGAACCACAAUGUAUAAAGCAUGGGGGGUUAUUCAUGACCUUCAGGUAUUAUGGAAGGUUGUCAGGUUUUUUCCCCUCUCCUUUGUUAAUCAUCCUUUGUACCGUUCAACUCAGUAUUGUUUCCAAGUUAUUAAAUGUUCAUGUUUUGUUGUGCUAUAAGAAUUUCUCCAACAAAAAGCUUAGCUUAAAAUAUUUGAGAUAUUUUAGUGCUGCUGACGUGGGGACCAGUGCCCAGCCAUUUUCUGCUGAUAUUUAUUUCCAAAAUUAAACUGGAAAAACAUUCAAUAUCUUUCUUUACAUAGAUUCACGUCACUCUUUGGAUGGUGAUAUACAGUAGGUGCUGCUUUUUUUUUU